ACCUGUGACACACAUUCUUUUCUCUCUUUGAAAUCCUCAAGAGGGAAGAAAAACAUGGGGUUGAUAAUCUUUUUUGUUCUCAUUCUUGCUCUUCUUGCCCCUAUUUCCACUUUAUCUUCACCUUUACAAGAUCCUAAUCUUGUAGUACAACAUGUUCAUAGGAGUAUAAACGAAUCUAGGAGGAAUCUGGGAUUUUUAUCAUGUGGGACAGGAAAUCCAAUUGACGAUUGUUGGCGAUGCGAUAAGAGUUGGGAAAAGCACCGUCAACGGUUAGCUGACUGUGCAAUCGGGUUUGGAAAACACGCGAUUGGGGGACGUGAUGGUAAAAUAUACGUUGUGACAGACUCUAAAAAUGAUGAUCCUGUUAACCCUAAACCAGGAACUUUAAGAUAUGGUGUGAUUCAAAAAGAACCCUUAUGGAUCAUAUUUGCACAUGACAUGACUAUUAAGCUUAAAGAAGAACUCAUGAUGAACUCAUUCAAGACCAUCGAUGGUCGUGGUGCCAAUGUUCAUAUAGCAGGUGGCCCGUGCAUCACCAUCCAAUAUGUCACAAACAUAAUCAUACAUGGUGUCAACAUACAUGAUUGUAAGCAAGGUGGGAAUGCCGAUGUUCGGGACUCGCCAGACCAUUAUGGGUGGCGAACGACUUCGGAUGGUGAUGGGAUUUCCAUAUUUGGUGGGAGUCAUGUAUGGGUGGAUCAUUGUUCAUUGGCUAACUGUCACGAUGGGUUGAUAGAUGCCAUACAUGGAUCUACAGCCAUCACGAUAUCCAAUAACUACAUGACACGUCAUGAUAAAGUCAUGUUAUUGGGGCAUAGUGAUAGUUUAACUCAAGACAAAAAUAUGCAAGUUACAAUUGCAUUUAACCAUUUUGGUGAAGGUCUUGUACAAAGGAUGCCAAGAUGUAGGCAUGGAUAUUUCCAUGUGGUAAACAAUGACUACACUCAUUGGGAAAUGUAUGCAAUUGGAGGAAGUGCUUCACCAACCAUCAAUAGCCAAGGGAAUAGAUUCCUAGCUCCUAAUUCUCAUGAUAGCAAAGAAGUGACAAAACGAGAGGAGGCAUCCGAGAACGAGUGGAAACAUUGGAAUUGGCGUUCAGAAGGUGACUUAAUGUUAAAUGGUGCAUAUUUCACACCAUCGGGUACAGGUGCGUCCAAGAGUUAUGCAAAGGCAUCGAGUUUGAGUGCAAGAUCAUCUUCUAUUGUGGGCUCGAUCACGGCUAAUGCUGGCGUGCUCCGGUGCCGGAAAGGCUCUAGGUGUUAGUCCAUGUGUUGUUUUGAUUUAUCUUUUCUCAUAUAUCAGGAAAAGGUAAAAGGAAAAACAUUCAAGAGUUUGUUUAUUAUGUUCAUGUAACAAAUGGCCCUUAGGGAGUUCAUUUAUGAACCCUUGGUGAAA